UCACGGUCUGGCACAUUGUAGGCAUCAGUCCAGCAGAUCUGCUCCUCGAGAACACUAAAGCAAACGACAUCAUGAACUCUCGCGUUUUCGUCGGUCUUCUUCUGUGCUGCCUGUGGGCCUCUUCCGAGUCUGUCGUCCUCUUGGGAACCACCGCCACCCUCGGGACUGUCGCUGCUACCACUGUUACUGCCUCUGCGGCGACGGCUUUGGGCGUGGGCGCGCUGGCGGUGCUGAAGGGAGCUCUUAUCGGGAAGCAUCUUGCGCGCAGGAACAAGAGGGAUGUCGACUCCUUUGAGGCUGACGAGGCAAUUGAGGUUGCCGUGGCCCAACAGAUGGAUUCAGCUGGUUGCGUGGCCAAGCUCUUGUGCGAAAUUGAGGCCAUGUCUGCUGACCAGCUGACUCCUGCUAUGACCUCCUUCAAGACUGCUUUCGAGAACAACGAUAACCUUAAGGGCUCCCGAGGCGUGUACGAUCUGGCCAUCAGUUUCGGCUCCAAGUUCGCCAAGAAGGACUCGAAGGCCUGCAGCGCCCUCUUCGACAAGUGCGUCCUCUCCAGGGAGGACCUCUCCUUCAUGCUGGAUUCCGUCUUCUCUUGCCAGUUAUAAAAAUUACUCUCAUCUGCAGCAAAAUUCACAUUAGGCAACAGAAAUAAUGACCCUGGUGACAGAAUCUCUGGUAUGUAAAAACCAUGCUGCAUUUACGUAUCAUGUAUGGUAUCACAGAAAUCAUCAGUACCUAUCUCACUGUCUAAUCAAUAAAACAUUUAGUUUGUCAAAA